GACGAGUCGUGUACCAAGUUUUACGUGCCAGAUAAGAACAGCCCUUUGACUUUGGGUGUGUGCGACGGGGGAUCUUGUAAAUGUGUUAGCGGUAAGUUGGAACAAGUACUGACGUUGCUUUCAUAUUUUGAUCCUGCUAUUGUUAAAAUAUUUUACAGACCUCUUUAGCUUAAUGUACAGUGGAACCUUGAUAUUAUGAACCUCUGUGUAACGAAGUGCUCGGUAUUACGAAAGAUUUUCUUUAUCCCAGUUAUACUUAAAUACAUGGAAAUGUACCUCGAUAUUCCCCUGUAUUUUUUGUUUUUUCAAUGAUGGUCUCAUGGGAAAUUUCCCCUUAAUCUUUUGAUGAAUAACGCGUACAUAUCCACGUAAACAUAACGAAAUUUGAAAGAAAUGGAGCGUUUUCACUCACGUGGCCACCAUUUAUGCUAAUUCAUUGUUGCCGCGAAAGGAAAUGCAACCUCAAGAGAAUAAGGCUUGGAUGUAUAACGUCAAGUUUUAAAUUUCGUUUCUUCAGAUCCAUGUGCUAAGGAAGAUCCUCCCAUUGGCAACAUCUCCAAGCUCACCGACAUGGCUUGUCUUAAUUAUCAUUACGGUAAGAUGGCACGAACUUACUGUGCGAUUUAAUAGUGACUGGGGCACUUUAAUUUUUUUAAAUUUUUAAUUUUUUUUUUUAAUGAACACUAGUGAGCAGCACAAAGUAACGCGAAGAUCUUGUUUACUUGAUUUUAUUUCUCCCACCGGUUUCAUCUGAUCACACAGACUUCAUCAGGGAGUAUAACAAGAUGGAGCUAAGGAACUAACUUUAUACCUAAUAAUUAAGACAAAAUUACGUUCCUGUUAGGGUGCGAACAGUAAAAAACGCCCACAAAAUAUGCGUACAAGAUAUGACUAUAAUCCUGCGUUAUAAAAUUUGCAAUGUUUAGUUUUGGGGCUCACGGAUUCAACAUUUAAUUUUCAAACACUGACAAGAAUCUUCGAUAAGAUUACGUGUUAGUUUCUUCAUCGCCUUCGUUCACAAAUAAACUCAGUUUUAAAUGUUGAAGGAGAAGUCAAGGUUGAUAGACGCCUUAUAACUUUAUUUCAACCUUUUUUCCGAGGUAAAGAGAUUUAGAGCUCUGAAAUGAGCAUUUUCUUUGAAAUUAUGGUCCGUAUAGCAAGUUAAGGACCGCAAAUUGACCAAUCGCAUGGCGAAAACAGACUCAACCAUAUAAUAAUGAUUAUUAUAAUGAUGAUGAUAAUGAUGAUGAUAAUGAUAAUGAUGAUAGUGAUGAUGAUGAUGACGAUGAUGAUGAUUAAAAAGAUCACCCUAUUGGGAACGGCGCGCAAACUAAGAAAACUUCUGUCUAUCCCGAAUUAAAAAUACCCCUCUGGCACCUCGGGACCAAGAAAUGGGUCCGAUUCAGUAAGAAAGUGCAAGAAGCAGUCUGUAGCAAGUUAGCACCAGAAAUAAUAAUAAUAAUAAUAAUAAUAAUAAUAAUAAUAAUAACUAUCAUUAAUUAGUUAUUAUCAUUAUUUUGUCAGCAAUUAGAGGGCGAGUUCUGCUGAUUGACCAAUACAAAAAUAUGGUAGAGUAUCUGGUACGAGUUCUGAAAAUCAUCAAGAAACGCAACAGGAAAUUAACAGUUGGAAAAGUACUCACGCUUUGGAAGCGCAGAGACUGCAACAGUCCAGAUCUCAAGGAGAGGAACGAAUAUUUGUUUAUGGGCCUUGAGAAGGGAGGGAGAUACGAGCUGGACAAGAGCUCGUUCGUGAAAUUUUGGCCGAAGAGCCGAGCCAACAAGGAUAAAAAGAGCUUGGACAAGUUCGCUAAGCAAUUUACGUGCUAA